AUUUCAUCUCGGCGAGCAAAGCAACAAUCGGGAAAAAUAAGAAAACGGAUAUCUAUAAUAGCAUCUCUUAUCUAUGAUAAAGAGCGAUUUUUUUUAUUGUUUCUCUUUUUUUUUAGUAGAAAAAGCACGCAAAAAUUAAAGUUCAAUGCUGUUACAAUAAUUUAUAAAUGUAAAGGAAUAUUUGUAACUCUCGGCUGCGAUGUACUAUAAUAAUCGGCAAUGGAAACAUGUGCUCCUCUUAAUAGACCUGGAGUCUCUCCCCGUCACAGUCGCUAUUAUUGCGCUUUAGAGUAUCAUAUGAACCCGUCGCAUAAAUCUCCAUGUCUCGUGCACGCCACCCACAUACAUACGUGCAUACCGAAUAAUUAUUUCCUAUCUUUUUCUCGUAAUACAGCACUGUUCUCCAUAUUAAAAAUCUUAUAUUAAUGUUAUAUAACAGAAGCUUACCGCUAUUUUUUAAUAUCGCUGUUAUUAAAAAGGACGUUGCACUCUUACUAGAGAUUUACUGUAGAGAUUUUCCGUUAAAUCAUUGAGAUAUUAUCUAUUAAUAAGCCAUUAAUUAGUCUAAAUGAACGUGGAUUGCCGAAACAGAUCUGCCGCUGGGAGUGAAAAUUUAAAUCGCGCAAAGUUGAUCGGCAAAAAUCGGUCGCGCGAUUCUCGCGUUUUUUCCCGAAUUUCGGAAUCUCGGUGCAAUAGCACGCGGCGCGAAAUCACGCGGUGCCUAAAUCUUCGCUUAGUCGGCGUGCUCUUACGGGAUGCCGUUUUAACUCGCUGCAUCACGUGACGAACUGUAUGCUGAAUGCGUACACCGCGAUAGAAAUUGAUGUGGUGCGGGGCAGUCGCGAGACAUCCUCGGUCGGUCGCUGACGCAUUAGCGCCCGCGGGACAAUCGUUUCCUCAGAGUCGGUUUUACAUCCGAGGGUUGUAGUCGCGUUUUACGGAUGCAUUUAACCCGGUGUAAAGAACUGCAAACGGAGGAAAUUACAAUCUAUGCCAGUGAUUGCUGAAAGUUGAUUGGGACUAUAUAAUAGCGACACGAACGAAUCAAAAGAAAUUGUGUGACCAUGGAGAACUCGGAGAAAGAAUGUUUACGGAUGGAACCGAUUGACUCUCAAAGUCCUCAUAAGAAGAACAAUGAACAAGUCAUCGGAGAUGGUGUAAAUAAUACUGAAAGUGCAUUAUCUCCAAGCGAAGAUAUGACGGAUUAUGAUCCUCAUAAGCAUCGGAACAGACCAAAUCCAACUUCAAAUUUCGAAACCUUAGUUCAUCUGCUGAAGGGCAGUUUGGGCACGGGGAUUUUAGCGAUGCCGAACGCAUUUUACAAUAGUGGCCUCCUGGUUGGCGUCAUAGCUACAAUUAUCAUAGGCAUAUUGUGCACGUACUGCUUGCAUAUACUCGUAAAGGCGCAGUACAAACUGUGUAAACGGUUAAGAGUUCCUAUAUUGAGUUAUCCGCUUAGCAUGAAAUAUGCUCUGGAGGGAGGUCCUCGAUGCGUGCGAUGGUUUUCGCCCUUUGCACCAGCACUCGUAGACGGGUUUAUGAUAGUAUAUCAAUUGGGAAUUUGCUGCGUUUAUAUCGUUUUUGUAGCAUCAAAUAUCAAACAGGUGACAGACCAGUAUUGGGCACCUUUGGAUAUUUCGACCCAUAUGCUCAUUUUGUUGCUUCCGCUGAUUUUGAUAAACUACAUUAGAAAUCUGAAGUUACUGGCGCCGUUUUCCACGCUAGCAAAUCUUAUUACGUUCGUCGGACUCAGCAUGACUCUAGUGUAUAUGUUCAAAGAUCUACCGCCGAUCAGCGAGAGGGAGAUGUUUGGUUCAUUAAGAAAUUUUUCCCUCUAUUUUGGAACGACGUUAUUUGCGUUAGAAGCCGUCGGUGUGAUUAUAGCUCUGGAGAACAAUAUGACGACGCCGAAAAGUUUUGGAGGCUAUUGUGGUGUACUGAAUAUAGGGAUGAUUGUGAUUGUUAUCUUAUACAUAGCCAUGGGCUUUUUCGGGUACAUAAAGUACGGAUCCGAGGCCGCGGGGAGUGUUACUUUUAAUCUGCCGCCAGAUGAAGCUAUGGCUCAAAGUAUUAAAAUAAUGUUUGCCAUCGCCAUAUUCAUAACAUACGCCCUGCAAGCCUACGUGCCCGUUGAAAUUUUGUGGACCACCUAUUUGGAUCAUCGAAUACGAAACCGCAAACUUUUGUGGGAAUACGUUUGUAGAACCGUUAUUACCCUAGUCACGUUCGUUCUGGCGAUCGCUAUACCGAGACUCGGCCUAUUUAUCUCCCUCUUCGGCGCGCUCUGCCUAUCCGCCCUCGGUAUCGCUUUCCCGGCGAUUAUCGAGAUAUGCGUGCUGUGGCCGGACAACGAUUUCGGUCCCCUCAAGUACAUACUAAUCAAGAACAUCCUCCUGAUCAUAUUCGGACUGCUGGGUCUCGUGGUGGGGACCUACGUCAGCCUCGUGGACAUAGUGAACUCCUUCAAGUGAACGCAAUCAAACGCUCCCGAAUAUUUUUCCGAAGCAGAGAGACAUACGCGGGACGAGAGCACCUUUGGGAACGAGCCCUGACGAUAACAGUGUCAGGAAGCAAAUCGGGCUCUCGAGCUCGUCCCUCUCACUUCUUUUUUUCGGUCUCUCUGUCCUUCUUUCACCGCCAUGAAUUUACUUAGAUUUUUACGUAGAUAAUAAACGAAGAAAUAGGCGCGAUAGCUUGUCGAAGAGCAUUCGAAAUCUCGCGACAACAACCCCCCGAUCGCAAACGAAUCGGGCGGUUCGAUCUGUGAUGAAAUCUCUCCUAAGCAUCGAUAAUGUACUGGAAAACGUCAUCUCGCGCCGGUCGUUGUUAAAGAUUUUUAUUACCCACUUUAGAGAGAUACAUGUUCUUAUGCGUUCAACUCGAAUACGUACACAUACGAUGUAUGCGUACGCGUGUACGCAUACAUUGCAUGUACACUGUGCGUACGACUGUAGUCCACUGGUAUGCAUAAAAAUGUCAAAAGCGGGUUUUAUAUAUAUAUAUAUAUAUAUAUAUAUAUAAUACCAUUAGUAUAUACGAAUAUCGAAUAGAUAUUCGCGAACAAUUCUCCAAUUAGACAACUAUUCGUAAAAUAUUUGCGCUUAAGCUUUUCAUCUCGGUGACACGAGUACUUAGAAAUACGACUGGCAUUCAUCUCUAUUUUUUUUGUAAGGUGGAUGUUGCAAUAAUCGAUACUCGAGCGACGUAAAUUCUUAAGGAAUUGAUAAAUUUAAAUAACGUACUUUGUAUUCAAAUUUUAUAAUAUUUUAUUAUAUAUCAAUAAUUUCAA